AUGCAACGAAAAAAAAAUUCAUUGACCAAAGUUACAUCAUCAUUGGCAACAAGUCAUCGCGUGAAUUGUAAGACUAAUACUAUGUCAAAUAAGAACCUUAUACUUGCAGUGAUUGCAACGGCAACUGCCACUGUCGGCUUAGUAGAAUGCUAUCACGCAUAUGAACGCACCCGCAACAACAAAUCCACUACCCCAACCUCAUCUCCACCUACCUCAUCCACCACCACCUCAUCAAAGAAACCCCAUUCAGAAGAAUUAAUCAGAGAACAGCUCGCCAGAAACUACGCCUUCCUAACCGAAGACGGCAUGGCCAAAGUCCGUAAUCAACGUAUCGUAAUCGUAGGUUGUGGAGGAGUUGGAUCAUGGGUUGCUACAAUGUUGGUUCGAUCAGGAGUUGAAAGAAUUAGAAUUAUAGAUUUUGAUCAAGUUUCAUUAAGUUCAUUGAAUAGACAUGCUGUCGCUGAUUUAAAAGAUGUUGGAAUAUCAAAAGUGGAUUGUUUGAAAUCGCAUUUAUUAAAAAUUGCUCCUUGGGUUGAUAUUGAUGCUCGUAAUCAAUUAUGGAAUAUUGAUGUGGCUGAUGAAUUAAUAUAUGGAGAUGAAUUUGAACCUUCUUUUGUAGUUGAUUGUAUUGAUAAUCUUGAUACAAAAUUGGAUUUAUUAACUUACUGUCAUACCAGGAAAAUCCCCGUGGUUUCAUCAGGUGGAGCAGCAUGUAAAUCCGACCCCACCAGGAUUAAUAUUGCUGAUCUUUCCAAAACUGAAGAAGAUCCAUUAUCAAAAAGAAUUCGAGUCAUACUUAAAAAACGAGGUAUAACCACCGGAAUCCCCGUCAUUUUCUCCGCCGAAAAACCCGAUCCAAGAAAGGCAAAAUUAUUACCCUUACCUCAGGAUGAAUUCUCCAAGGGGUCUGUUGAUCAAUUAUCUGCGCUUAAAGAUUUCCGUGUCAGGAUCUUGCCGGUAUUAGGUACCAUGCCGGGGAUGUUUGGAUUAGCAAUUGCAACAUAUAUCCUAACCACCGUUUCCGGAUAUCCUAUGGAACCAAUAGAGGGGAAGAAUAGAUAUAAGAUUUAUGAUGAUAUUUUACAAAGUCUUGCCGGACAACAAUCAAGAAUCGGUAAGCCGGAUCAAAGAGUACAAAUCUCCUUGAGUGAUGUUAAUUAUAUUUUGGAAGAAGUGUUUAGAGGAAAAUCACCCAUUUCUCAAUAUUCUACCCGAUUGACAUUGUCGAGAUGGAAACCGGAUCAAGAGAUUUCGUUCCAGAAUGUGGUGGUUAUGACUAAAGAUGAACAAAGAAUGCAUGAAAAGAGGGUUUUGUUGGGUGGUGAAUCGGUGGAAGAUGUUUAUUCAAAGGAGGUUAUUGAACUUGUUAAUUCAAGAUUUGAAGAUGAAAAGUAUUAUUCUCAGUUUCGCUAG